AUGCGGAGCGGGGGGUCCUGGAACCUCCUAAAGCAUCUGCUGGACGAGACCAACACCAAGUCGAACCAGCGGAGCACGCUGGAAAGAGCGCUGCACGGGGCCAGGCAAGAAUCCUCGGACGAGGAGGUUAUGGAAAGGUUGAUCGCGAAGUACUUGCCGGUAGCCUCCGGUCCGGCGUCCCCCAUCCCAGAAUAUGGGGGCGUCGCGAACCCGGAGCUGGAUGCGGAGUUUGGUGUCGAGGAGAUCCGGCGGGCCCUGCACGAUUUAAACGGCAGGUCGGCCCCGGGUCCGGAUAGAGUUACAAACAAGGCACUGAGGAACUUGGACGACAAGUCGGUGGAGUACCUGACGGACGUUAUCAACAAGAUGUGGAACGACGGAAAAGUACCGGAGAUGUGGAGGAGGGCUUCCACCAUUCUCAUCCCCAAACCGGAUAAUUGA